UCUCGGACCUCCCCACCCCUUUUGUGGGGUCGUACCGAGCCAAGGCUUUAUGGCUAAACGCGGAGCGGAGGCCUUGGCGUGCCGCGCGCCCUAUCACAGCCUGCUUCCUCACGCGCCGCUGCCGAAGCGCUCGCGGAGCGAUUUCGAACGGCGGGAACCACGAUGCGCGGCGCUGCGGCACGAAGGCGGUACGAAGCGGAAACGGGCGGAGGAGGAGGAAGGAAAAGAGCAGGAGGAAGGAGUCGCUGCAGUGCCUAGUGGGAAGCGGCCCGCCGCGUUGAAGGGGCCUGCGGAAGAGCGGGGACGGGCCCUCAGCCCCAGCCUCCUGGAAGGAACGACGCCGCAGCCGACCGGGGCAAACAUGGAAGCGGAGGCGUUGGCAGAAGGCUCGAAGGGCCGCGGGACGCCGGAACUGCCCGCGCAGCAUGAAGAUGACGUUUGGCACUACAACUCCUUCCAGUACUGGAGGUCUCCAUUACCUAUCAUUGAUUUGACUGAUAUUCUGGAUUUAGAGAAAAUUGACACAGUAGAAGCAAGAGAUUCCAGCAGUGUUGGCCUGUCAGAAAUGGAGACCUGAAAAAUGGCCCAUUGGCAAAUCUAUUUUGCAGAAGUUGGAUACUGUUCAGUUCUGGUUUUGCUUGGAAAAUUAAGCAGAGAUGAUGCUCUGUAGGAGAUAAAAUUGCCUAGAAGGAAGGAUAACAUUUCCUAAAAUGAAGGAAUGGCAGUAGAACUCAGCAGUGGGUUCGUCUAGAGAAACUGACGGUGUACGUAACGAAGAGAUGUAAAGCUUAGAGAACCACAGGAACGUUUGAAAAUCGAUACUAUCCUCACAAGUCUUUACUUUCAUAGCUAGUAAAAUGAACAGCAUGUAGUUCUCCAGAAGGGUGUGUGCUAAUGUGGAGCCAGUCAAAAGAAUAUGAAUGAAUUGUCAAAAUUGUCUUUGUUGCUGGAACAGCUUAACCAAAUAAAAAUGAAAUUCAACACUUCUAUGCAAAAUGAAAAUGGCUGUGGCAAUCAUUGUUUGCAAAGAAUGGCCAUGGUACAAAUUUCCUUAUUCUCUGUUGGGAUUAACUGAAGUUCUUUUGUGGGAAGGUAUAGAUGAUGAUAUUAGCUUUUUUACGCUUUGUCUUUAGCCAAAUACAGUGACCAUGCUGGAUGAGAAAGGGGAAUCAUCCUGAACAAUAUGAAACAAUUGGACACACUUCUCCAGCCUUAUUGAUUGAGGAGAGGCUCCUGGAGAGGCUCCAAUUCUGAGUAUAUAGUAUCAUGUUUUUGCCAGAUAUUGGUGUUAGUAUUAAUGUACUCUACCACUGAAUCACCUUUGCUAGCAAUGACUGCCAGAAACCUGAAGCUUAUCGGUAGACUUCAACCAUUUGUUACUUAGUUUUCAGUCAAGUUAUAUCUGUUUCUUUAAUUGUAUGCUGUAACUUUGGUAUAACUAAUAAAAUAUUUUUCAUUGUGUAAUAAAACUCUACUAGAUUUCUUAAAA